UUCUGUAAGCGAAAGUUGUGCUCGCUGCCUCGCGCGGCGGCACUCAUUUUGGGAGCGUCGGUGAGGAGGAGGUUCCGUUGACUGGCCGCCUCGGGACCGGAGUGCCGCGGGAGACGCCACUCGGCCGAGCGUCGCGCCUCCUCCCAUCUUCUGAGUGUUGAGGAUGAGGGUGUUCAGCCUGGAGGACAUUCACCAGCUGGUGGCCAACCAGUGCCAGCAGGCGUGUCUCGCAGCUGGCCUUUGCCAGCAGCGUCGACCAGGACAUGCACCUGCCAGUGGACUGGCAAAGAAACAAAGACUGUUGAAGGCUCUGAAAUCAAGGCAUCACAGAAGUACUCAUUGCUACCGAGCGAUGUGUUUCUGGUGUCACAUCUUCCUGUGUGUGCUGAGUGCGGUGCCAUCGCUGGAGGCAAAAGAGACGCCCGAGCGUUUUCGUGACCACGAGUACUUCCUACGCAAGCUCUUUGACAAGUAUGGACACGAUGGACAGAUGACAUUUGAAGGCUUUGAGCACCUCCUCGAGAACCUCGGCCUGGCACACAUCACCAUACGAGAUCACGACCUGUCUGCACACCGGCCAGAGGGUGCUAAUGUGGGAUUUGUGAAUCGCCAUGCUAACCACAUCCACGGCGAUAUGGCAGGUGCUGUUGUGGAUAGCCACCACGACCACCAGCACAGUGGCGAAGAGUCGGAUCAUGCACACACGUCUGAGGGAGCUCGUCUGGCGAGGGUGCAGAGGGACCUUUCUAGUCAGGAUGGCACAGAGGCAGCCAAUUCCUCUAACACAACAGAAGCUUCCAGCGUGCCAAUGGUUACAGCCAGUACAAGGACAGCAGAAGUCUCAUUUGAAAAGUGCCUAACAGCAACAGAAAUUCUGCACACUGUAGACACAAGUCCUGAGGCUAAUGUCAUAAACCUCAAGGACUUCAUGCACCUUUGUCCGGCACUCGUCUAUCAGCUGGAUGAGAAGCAUUGUUCUCUGCCCAAGGCCAACCGCCACAUCCACCAUCAUAGCGACGGUGAAGAGACAACAGUAGACUUUAAAGUGUGGGUGUACGCCUUCCUUGGUGUGCUCGGCAUCAGCCUUACCGGCCUGCUCAGUGUGGCCAUAGUGCCACUAAUGCAGAAAGUUUUCUAUCACACACUCAUCCAGUUCCUGGUUGGACUUGCUGUUGGAAGCCUGACGGGCGACGCCCUUUUGCAUCUGCUGCCUCAUGCUAUGUCCGGCGAGCACCACGAGCACUCGGAAGAAGGCGGCGACGGGGAAAACUAUGUGUGGCAUGGCCUUGCUGCCCUUGGAGGCAUCUACCUGUUCCUGAUCGUGGAACGCUUUCUCUCCAUACACUCCAACCACAAGCAUCGCAAGCACAGUCCACGAUCCAACAAUAGCAUACAGUCGAACCCAACACCAAAGAAGCUUCAGCGCUCCUCCCUAGAUGAGCAGGGCAAGGUCGUGGGAGAGAAGCUGUCCCACCACAAGCAAGGCUCCUACGGCUUCGUGGACUCUUCUGGCAUGGAGGCCCUUGAACGGCUUACGGCAGUUCCGGCUGAAGAACUGGAGCUGUCCCCUCUGGGCGAGGGCUAUGUGGAGAUUGUGGACCUUCAUGACUCUGAGCUGCAUCAUCCCAUGGGUGGCAUGGAGACUCAGCCUGAAAAGGACCUGCUGGUCAUAGUCAAGAAUGGUGGCUCCAAGCUUCCCUCCACCCCAAGGUGUCCACCAUCACCUUUGCCACAGGAUGAGGAGAACCACAGGCAUCCACUUUGCCAUGGCUCUCGGGACCCAGGCACAGAGGAGUGCCAUACAGAAACCUUGGUGUAUCGCCAGACGGGCGAAGAGCACAGUUUCACGCUAACCGUAGCUGAUCACCACCACCACCACCGCCACAGCCAUGCACACAGUCAUGAGGUGCCAUCUUCUAUUGCUGCCAUGGCCUGGAUGGUGAUAAUUGGUGAUGGUCUUCACAACUUUUCUGAUGGACUUGCUAUUGGUGCAGCAUUUGCAUCGGGUCUUUCUGGUGGCCUUAGUACAACAAUAGCUGUGUUCUGCCAUGAACUUCCUCAUGAGCUGGGUGACUUUGCGGUGCUGCUCAAGGCAGGGAUGUCAGUGAAGCAGGCGGUAUUUUACAACGUGGUGUCAUCUGUGCUCUGCCUGUUGGGAAUGGCCAUUGGCAUCUCUCUAGGAAAUGUUCACUCGGCCUCUUCGUGGAUCUUUGCUGGAGUUGGUGGCAUGUUCCUUUACAUUGCUCUAGUUGACAUGCUUCCAGAGCUGUCGGUGAACCCAAACCACGGCAAUGCAAGGGCUGUGCACCAGCUUGGAAUUCAGCUGCUGGGCAUAUCGCUGGGAGUGACCACAAUGUUUGUGAUUGCCCUGUAUGAGCGAGACCUCCAAAGACUUAUGAGCUCUUAGUUUCUUACUCGUCACUAUGAGGCAUCGGCCAACAUGCACCAGCACCAGUGUGGACAUGUUAUUCACCAUUCUUGCAACUCGUUCAUCCAGCAACUUCACGCAGUUGCCGAUUCUUCCAGUCGAGGCCUCGCAUAACUCAACCCACAUGAGCAAGAUGCCAUCGGGGUUGUGCCGGAGAAGUUCCAUCAAGCCAGCAGCUCCAUUGGUUGUGGAUAGCCAUUUGUCAGAGGUGUGCGCUGCACUUUGAAUCAAGCCCUUGUGCUUGAUACGUGUGUGUGUGUUGUGCGUGCUGAACAGUGCUGUGUUCACGAUUUCGGACUAGUUUGUGAAAGGAUAAAAAAAAAAUACAUGGCAUUAGCAAGGAUGGUGCUUAGGUAAUUUAUCUGAAGGACAUUACAUUGUGCUGUGUUCAGCAAUAGUGUGUGUGCAACUUGAUUUUGAAAUCCUGUUGAAUACCCACAUCAUGUAAUCUGUGCUUGCAAGUUUUGUCUGCAUCCUUCCCUUUUUUAUUUGUUAGGUGCAAACAACCUUGGUCUACAAUUUCAGUUUCAAUGUUGCCUCUAUUGACUGAUGUCGAUUUAUCUGUGAUGGUGAGACCGCCUUGGAAAACUUUCAGAUCCUUAUUCUCUAUACCAGAACAAUGAGAAAGUCAUCAAUUCCCAAGUUUUUGUCUUCUGGUGCAAUCCUGCAUAUGGAACAUCAAGUUAGAACAACUUGAAGCGGUACUUCAAUAUGUGUGACACAACUAGGAGCAAAGCAGCUCACAUUUUCCUGCCCCAUUUCAACAUGCCUUAUUUCAUUUGUGUUGUUCUGUUCUAUUUGCUUUUAUCAGUUCUUCAGAACUUUCAAAAAUUCAGCUCAUCAUUUUCAUUAAUUUAUGCAGUGUUUGCUGGCAUUUAGUAGAGUACUGUUCGAGUUUAUGUAUAGUUUGGGUACACUCCCAGCAUGUGCGUGUGAACUGUUCAUACCCAUUAUGAUUUGCAAGUGGUGGCAUUUUUCUUAUGUUUUAUGCAUGCAUAGCGACAAGAUGUGCUGGUAGUGUUCCUUUGCUUGUUCCUGUUCUGUUUGGUUUGCUUAGGUGAACAGAUCGUGGCUUUAUUGCUUUGCUGUUUAUUGCCCAUAGUUUUUAUUUUGCUGUUUGUCUCUUCUGGUGCAGAAAUGAGUAUGUUUGGGUCAAGCACGAGUGUUUGCACUGUACAACAUGCGCACCUGUUGUCAAUGUGCUUACACCCUCCCACAUAUGUACUCUGUCCACUGGCAGGCUGUGCUGCCUGGACACUUGAGUGGUGCUGCAACGUUUGCAAAGUUUACUGGCUUGCACAUUUUAUUCUUGACAGCAUAGGUUACACAAAUUGUUGCUGUUCAGACUGAGCAGCUUUAUAUAAUAUACAUAUAUCUUUGAUGAUACAUUUUGCUAAUAAAGCCUCUGGGAUGCUAUUGCA